CAACUACCUGUCUCUUCAAUAUUUGAUAGUUACUUACAACCAUCAAGUCACCUCAAGAAGAUUCACUUCAGUCUUCAGAGACUCUUGAAAUAUUUCCAACAUGUAGUGAAUUAAAUUAACGCAAUAACUUCAUCUUUCGCGUAAUCGAAAGUGAUGUCAUAGUAAUCCUAAUAAGAGUAACAACUCUAUCUAUCGAGUCAUAAUCUCCCGGAGGAUUUUACCACUUACAUGCAUCAAAAAAGAAAAAAUUCCCAUCCUCUUACUCUAACCUGACUCUCUGCAGACUUGCAGUCAAUUAACCCGAGAUGGCACUUUAUGAUAAGCAAAGUUAAACCUCCACUUAUCAAAACGUCGUCGGCGUUUAAUAGCGUAGCGCGUUUUUAUACGUGAUAGGUAUCUAUCAAUUUAAUAACACCAUACUUCUGGCUGCCAAUCCAAGCGCCCUCGAAGGUCUACAACUAGACCUCGUUCGUGGGCAUGAGAAGCUUGGCUCCCUCUUUUUUGUUGACCUCUUAUUCCGGUCCAACACGGCGGGCAUUAGUAUCUUCUGUCAGCUUAGCGCGAUGGCAUCGGCGUCACCAACAUACUACGGAUGGUAAAAGCCGUUCUUUUUCCAUCGCCACCGAAACGUCUGGCAGCGUCACGACACCUCUCCCUAACUCCGAUAUAAAAUUACCCUUUCGCUUCGAAACCGGCUUUGCGCUAUAUGCGAAACGGACUCCGAGGCCGUUUCCCCCACCGUUCCUCUCCCCUCCGUCGGGCUCAUUUUCGGACCCCCUUAGUACUCACCAUCAGAGUCGUGAUAAGCGAGCGUUCGUAGGGGGUGAGAUCAUCCGCGGAUGGACAAACGGCGAUGAUGCGGUUUAUGCUAGCGACCACUUCAUCUGCGCCAACGACGGCGUUGGCGCCUGGUCGGCUCGACCGAGAGGCCAUGCAGGCUUAUGGUCGAGGUUGAUACUGCACUUCUGGGUGGCGGCAAUGGAAGAGGAUAUCUCAAAGCCGCGGCCCCCCGACCAAUCAUACCGCCCGGACCCUAUGCAUUAUCUGCAGCAGGCACAUGAGCGUACAAUCGAAGCCACUUCGGGCCCCAACGAAUAUUUAGGAACCACUACGGUGACUGGGGCUCAGCUAUUUUACAGGGCUGAGAGCAGCAACUCAGCGUCAUCCGUAUCACCACUGCUAUAUGUCACAAAUCUUGGCGAUUCACAGGUCAUGGUAGUACGGCCGAGAAGUAAGGAAAUGGUAUACAAAUCCACAGAGCAGUGGCAUUGGUUUGAUUGUCCGCGGCAGCUCGGAACAAAUAGUCCGGAUACGCCAGCCAAAGCCGCCAUUGUCGAUAUAGUCGACGUUAGUGAAGGCGACGUCGUACUGGCUAUGACGGACGGUGUUAUUGACAACCUCUGGCCACACGAAAUUGUCGAGAACGUGUCCGAGAGCGUCAAGCGCUGGGAGGCGGGGGAGGGGGGCCAAGCUAGCGGCCCCCGUACAGGCGGCGCAGGCGGCGGGAUGACAUUCGUCGCUCAAGAACUUCUUAAUGCAGCAAAGGACAUCGCUUUAGACCCGUUUGCAGAAAGUCCCUUCAUGGAACGCGCCAUCGAGGAAGGGUUAGCCAGCGAAGGAGGUGAGAAUAGCAUCAUCAACCACUUUGAGUGCGAUUGGUUAUACAUGGCUGACAGGAACAGGAAAACCUGACGACAUUAGCGUCGUAGCAGCAUUGUGCCAACGAAGCACAACAUGGUGACGCGCCUAAUAAAUAAUAUAGCUAAUUCUUCUACCAAUAAGGCAUACUUAUUCUAUGGUAUCUACUGGAAGCUCAUCCGAGCAAAUCUGGGUAACGAUGACCCAGACAGCUGCGU